GUAGUGGUGUUAGUGUAUUUUUUUUUAUGGCCCGCACCUGUCAAGUUUAUUCGCUUAGAGAUGCGAUUUAAAAUAAAGGUUAAAACUUGACAGUCGACGGUAAUACAAAAAUAAAUGUUGCUCGAAAAUUUUAACGUCAAAACAUGCCAAAUGCCAAUACUAGUGUAUACAGUUUACAAUUAGUCACAAGACAAUUGUUAAUUAUAUUAUGGGGAAAUUGUAAACAAUCAUAAUUUCAAAUUGUGUGUUUAAACUUGAACUUACUAUGGAAUAUAAUGUGAAAUCCACGUUCUAUAUAGAUCAAACUCAGGAUAGUUAAAUAAUCAUCAUAUUUUAUGAGAGAAAGCGAAGUGAUUUUUGAAUGAAUAUUUAGUAUCUUCAGUACUAGAUAAUAGAAAGUUAUUACACGCAAUAUUUCUCGUGGACCGCAAACACUUUUUAGAAAUCCUAUCACCAUAAUAGAAAAUGUUAGAAACAAGUGAAAUAGAUGCUGAUUUCUUUACUCCUGCGGCAAACACCUCUUUGGCUACAAUAUUCAGCAAUACUCAAACAGAUAGAAAUGAUGAAAAUAAAUCAUUAAUAUAUGUUCCUGAAACUCCAAUGGUACUGGUAGAAAAUCAUAAAAGUGGUGAUGUGCACAAACAAACAUCAGCAUCACAAUGUAUCUUUGCUACUUCAGUAUCAGCAUAUGAAUGGAUAGAAAAUAGGUAUAACCUUCGAGAAAAAUUGGGUUUUGCCAUUGUUAAAGAUAUAAAAGAUGAUAUUCAUAACCUCAUAAUUUACACAUCUGAAAAAAGAACUCUAUCACUGGCAACUAUAACUUCAACAUUUGUAAUUAAUGUAAAAAAAGAUGUGAACAUAUCAUUCUAUGACAACUAUAAAAAAUAUUGGCUUAUUUCUUCCCCAUCUAGUAAAAUUUCUGAUAUAGUGAAGUGUUUAGAAAACCUUAAAGUCAAUAUGACAUAUUUGAAUGAUGCAGAAAUUUCUUCACCUAAAGAUGUAACAGGAACAGUUAACAAUAAGCCUGACCAACUAGCUCAUGAAAGUUUAGAUAUUGAUACUGACAGCUUAACAAAUCAAAAAAAUAAAGACUCUAUUUUGAAAAGAAUGGCAACAAUGGGCCAAUCAGUUUUGCCUCCAAGUAAGAAUAUUGUAUCUAAGUCAACUGAUUCCUCUGAUUCAAAUGAAUAUGAUAAUCCUUCAUUACUAAGGCAUAAGUUAGUAAAAUCAUUGCCUAAGAAACAUAGCACAGAGAGGAAUGCAGGUUCAGUAAUGCAAUGUAAUGAGUUAAGUAAAAUAUUACCAAAUACAGUAAAAAUCCAAGAUUCUCUUAUUCCUGUAAAUGUUAAAAACUUGGAAUCUUUAUAUGAAAAUAAUAUGCACAGUUUAAUCACAGAACAAAGAAUAAGUAACAGUGAAUUAAGAAUAAAUAUAAAUAGAUUAUCGGACAAAGUUGACCAUUUAUGUGAUAAGACAUUGGCUGGUGGUCUUCAAUCAAAUUUAUCAAACAACCAAAUUGAAAUAGUGAACAAGUUGUUAAAAGAGUAUGAGAGUAAAAUUAUUGUAUAUGAAAAAUUUAUUAAAUUAAAAGGCUUUGAAUGCAAUUUAUUGUUUACAAAUGAAAAUGAACCAUCCACAUCAGUGAAAAAAGACAGUAUCAUUGAAACAGAGAAGGAUAAAGAAAGUCAAGAUCAAAUAGAAAUCAAUACACUAAACAAAAAAAUUGAUCUCCUCACAAAUGCUUUUUCUGAAAUGACUGAAAAACAUAAACAAUAUGAAGAGAUGUUAUUAAAAGAAAUAGAUACUUUGAAACAAGACCUAAAUAAUAAAAAUGAAAGUUUAUACUCAAUUAAUAAGAGUGUUCAAAGUAUUGCAGCCAAUUCCAAUUCAGAAGAGUAUAGUAAUAAACUUAAAAAUAUAAUGAAUAGUACUUUUCAAACAAUAUCUUCCAAAUUCAAUGAUGAGGAUAGUUAUUUAGGUACUGUGGUUAAGGGUAUAGUUGCAAAAAUAAUAAAAAAGACUACAAUGGAAUCUUUAAAUGAUGUUAAUUAAACACCAGUGGUUUGGGGCAAGAUUCUUAAUGUCAUGUUUGAGUGCUUGGCAUGUCUGCAAAAAAUCCAUUGGAGUUUGUACUUUCUAUGUGCACAAAUAACAAUGUGUAUGGUGAAAUUUACAUCUUGAGGAUGUAUUUUUUAGACUCAUAGGUCACAAGGGUUAUUAUAACUUAUUUAGUCUAUUAAGAAAACAUAAAAAUGGAUUCAGAAUCAGAUAUAUAUGAGGCUAUUUUUAAAUAAGCUACAUUACAUUAAUACAUGCUUUAUUAAUGUAAUGACUGAAAAGAUAUUAUUCAAAUUGUAUAUUUAUUAAUAUAAUCUUCUGUUUUAUAUAGUAUUAAAGUUUGUUUAAUUAUUUUCAUACUGGUGUUAAAUAUAUGAACUUCCUGAA